GUAACUUCUUUGAAAAACAUCUGAAAAGAACUGUGGCAAAAUACACCCGUGCUUUUCUGAACAGUGAUGGUGGAACACUGAUGGUGGGAGUCAAUGAUGAUGGUGUGUGGUGUCAGCUGUGACCACAGGAGGGAGGACAGCAUCAGGAUUGACAUUGACAGUGUCAUAAAAGGCUUCAGACCUCAAGUCUUCCCGUCCCAGUACAGUGUCAAGUUCACUCCAGUCCUGGAACAAGCAACACAUGGUGAUGCCCCUACCAGUAGGAAAGUGCUGUCCAUCACAGUCCACACUCCUACAGACCGACACCAAGGUCUGUAUGCCACACCCCAUGGAGAGGUGUUUGUACGGAGAGAUGGAAGUGUGGAGGAGCUCACAGCGAGUGGUGUGCAGGAGUGGUGUAAAAGAAACUACCAGAAGGACCUGCAGGUGCUACAGAAUAGGGAGCAACAACUUCUGAAGGAACUACAAGAGAAAGAACACAGGUUACAAGACAAGGAGCAGCAGUCCUUAAUGGAACUACAAGACAAAGAUACUUCCACCCAUGUCCUACAGAAUAGGGAGCACCAGCUCCUUCAGGAACUACAAGACAGAGAGCAGCAGCUGCUUAGGGAACUACAGGACAAAGAACACAGGCUGAAGGAGGCAGAGAAAAAGCUUGCAUCAAAGUCCAAAGUCUGUGUUAUUUUAUGAGACUAAAGUCAAGUCAAGUGCUAAAGGUGACAGUUAAGUUCCAAAUAAAUGUGUCAUUGAUAAUUCAAAUAUAAAAGGACCAAAGAACAUAUUUUUGAUCAUAUUUGAUAGUGAACAGCUUGAAAUAUAUACUGUAACGUUACAUACAAUGCUUUUGUAAAUGAUGAAGUGUUGCUUCAUCUUCUUGACUAUUGAUAUGUUUGAGAUGCAUUAAUUCUUCAAUGUAUGGACAAUGGAGGCUGCUCUAUAUGUGCAAAGGCUUACAUUUUGCUUUUCUUUGCACAUGAAUCAUGUAACUGUGUAUUCAAUUUUGUCCUCAUCAUAUGUGUAAAGGUUAGAUAGAAUAUUCAUUCCUUUCAGCAAUGAUGCCUGGGGUAUUGAUGUAAACUUCACCGUUAUGCUCCAAUAGUUAAAUAGCACAAUUAAGCAUCUGAAUACAUGAAAUCAUAAAUUGGCCAAAAGGUAAAUUUUUUCACCUUGUACCUGCAGAUAUAUUUUUUCACCUGCAAAGACUGCAGCUAUUGAUAUUUCAAUUCAAGUCACCUUGAUAUUGAAACAGGUGAGGCUGUAGUCAGUUGUUAAAGUCUUGGAUGUUGUAAGAGAAGAUACCAAUAAUACACCAUGCUUGGAGCUAGCCCAUGCUUUUCUUUUAAAGAGUCAACACAAUUAAUGUUUCCUAUUUGUGUAUGCACACCCAAGGAUCCAGCUACUUUUUGCAAAUUUUUAAACAUGUAACUGUGAAAUA